AUGGAAGUGGACUCCCACUCCUAUUAUCAGCUCAUGGGCAGCACUGCCACAGAGGCAAUCAAAGGUUUAAUGGGAAAGCAAGUGGGAGGAAGAAGCGCGUGUGUGUGUAAUUCAGGUGAAGCGAUGAUUAGUGGUUAAAGAUCAAAAUGGAAAACAAAGGUGAAUUUCAAACAGGCCCGGAAACUUGGCAACACACCCCAUAGCUCUCUGAUAAUACUUAGAUCUAUAAAUGUUUGCCAUAGUUAUAUAUUUAUUUGAAGAUUAUUCAUUGAAAUAAUAAAUUGGCCCUAACAAGCACUUGAGGGAGCCAGUUUCUUUUUCUCAUCAUUAUAUUCCAGCUCCAUUGCACUGUAAGCCCCGGGAUUUAGGAGGCUAUUAGAGAGAGAGAGAGAGAGAGGUUUUUUUGUGGCUAAGGAAUGAUAUGCAUGCCGCCUCUUUCUUCUUAUGUUUCUUUUUCUAGCAAAUUGAGAAUUGGGGAUAGGAACUGGAUAAUUAGCCAUAUUUUCAAGGUUUAUGAAUUUAACCCACCUUUUGUAUCACUACUUGAAGCUGCAAUUAUUUUCCUCUCCCUGUUUGUACAGAGAUUUAUUCAUUCAGUUAUUGACUCUUAAGGUCUCAGUCAGGGACUUGGUUUAACUGCAUUAUAAGGAGACUUGUCUAACUUGUUUAAACAACCAGCUAUUUAUCACACUGAGAGAAUGGCACAGUUUAAACGAAGUGAUCAAUAUUCAAAAUAGGCCGCUGAAUAGAAAUAGGGUGGAUUGGAAAUGCAUUGCAUUGUAAUCAUAUUACUGUAUAAGGCCAUAUGCCAUUGUAGAGAUGUUUUUAAACAUAGAAAUAUAAUUACUAAGUAAGUCAUUCUAUUUCUUUAAAUUAUUGAGCACAGGGCACAGAGCUAACCUUGUCGUUUGGGCCCACAGAUCAGGCAAUGAUCAUCUCGAGAAUAAUUUUGGGAUUUUUGUGUCAUCUCAGGAGAAAAGAAAACCACUCCAUCAGAGGAACUAUACUUGAUCAUUUAUAUAAUUGUAUCACUUCUAAUAUACAUGUGAUAAAUAAUACAUAUGGGGGCGGUUUCCUAGACACAGAUUAAGCCUAGUCCUGGAAAUACUUUUUGAUGGAGAUUCUCCGCUGAGUUUGCUUUUUAGUCCAGUCUUCAGGAAACUGCCCCAUCAUGUCCUAUAUGAGAAAUAUUGUAGUCUUUUGACCCCAGUUUGAGCCAUGUUGUUUAGUGCUUGUGUCGUUUGUUCUGUGUCCAGGGCUGGGUGUUGGAGGGGAUACCUCAGACACGAGAGGAGGCCCUGUCCCUACAGGAGGCUGGAGUUGCCCCAAAUCACGUUGGUUAGUGCAUCAGUUUACCUCAGUUGUCCAUUUAUGUUUGGUUAUUUCCAUGUUGCGUGUGUUUGUUCGUACGUGUGCGCAUUUGUGUGAGAGUGUGAGUGUGUGUGUGUAUUGAAGAGACUGUUUAUGUGUGUGUUCUCUGUCAGUGUUGCUGGAGGCUCCCGAUGCAGUGCUGAUUGAACGGAGUCAGGGCAAGAGAAUAGACCCCGUCACAGGAGGUAAGACGACGUGGAGAUGGAGAACACUGAAGAUGUAUUCCAGAGUGCCCGAUUCUACCGAGGGGAGGGGGGUGAAAGUGAUACAGAGAGACAUUCCUUUUUUAUAAUGCACAUCAUAACCACAAACCCACAUCCAUAUUGAACCUGGCUUUAAAGGAGCGGGACACUAAUCCGGACGCUUAUAUGAAAUCCCUCUAUGCCCUCAGACGAACCAUCAAACAGGCAAAGCGUCAAUACAUGACUAAGAUUGAAUCCUACUACACCGGCUCUGACGCUCGUCGGAUGUGGCAGUGCUUGCAAACUAUUACGGACCACAAAGGGAAACCCAGCCGCGAGCUGCCCAGUGAUGCGAGCCUACCAGAUGAGCUAAAUGCCUUUUAUGCUCGCUUCCAGGCAAGCGACACUAAAGCAUGGAUGAGAGCACCAGCUGUUCCGGACGAUUACCAGGAUGUGUACUCAGAGCAUGCACAGACCAACUGGCAAGUGUCUUCACUGACAUUUUCAACCUCUCCCUGACAGAGUCUGUAAAAUCUACAUGUUUCAAGCAGACCACCAUAGUCCCUGUGCCCAAGAAAGCGAAGGUAACCUGCCUAAAUGACUACCGCCCCGUAGCACUCACGUCGGUAGCCAUGAAGUGCUUUGAAAGGCUGGUCAUGACUCACACCAUCAUCCCGGAAACCCUAGACUCAUUUCAAUUCACAUUCCGCCCCAACAGAUCCACAGAUGACUCAAUCGCACUCCACACUGCCCUUUCCCACCUGGACAAAAGGAACACCUAUGUGAGAAUGCUGUUCAUUGACUACAGCUCAGCGUUCAAAACCAUAGUGCCCACAAAGCUCAUCACUAACCCUGGGACUAAACACCCUCUGCAACUGGAUCCUAGACAUCCGGACGGGCCGCCCCCGGAUCCUGGACAUCCGGACGGGCCGCCCCCAGGUGGUAAGGGUAGGCAACAACACAUCUGCCACACUGAUCCUGAACACGGGGGCCCCUCAUGGGUGCGUGCUUAGUCCCCUCCUGUACUCCCUGUUCAUCCACGACUGCGAGGCCAAGCACGACUCCAAUACCAUCAUUAAGUUUGCUGACGACACAACGGUGGUAGGCCUGAUCACCGACAACGAUGAGACAGCCUAUAGGGAGGAGGUCAGAGACCUGGCAGUGUUGUGCCAGGACAACAACCUCUCCCUCAAUGUGAGCAAGACAAAGGAGCUGAUCGUGGACUACAGGAAAAGGAGGGCAGAACAGGCCCCCAUUAACAUCGACGGGGCUGUAGUGGAGCGGGUCGAGAGUUUCAAGUUCCUUGGUGUCCACAUCACCAACAAACUAUCAUGGUCCAAACACACCAAGACAGUCGUGAAGAGGGCACGACAACACCUUUUCCCACUCAGGAGACUGAAAAGAUUUGGCAUGGUUCCCCAGAUCCUCAAAAAGUUCUACAGUUGCACCAUCAAGAGCAUCCUGACCGGUUGCUUCACCUCCUGGUAUGGCAACUGCUCGGCAUCCGACCGUAAGGCACUACAGAGGGUAGUGUGUACGGCCCAGUACAUCACUGGGGCCAAGCUUCCUGACAUCCAGGACCUAUAUACUAGGCGGUGUCAGAGGAAGGCCCCAAAAAAUUGUCAAAGACUCCAGUCACCCAAGUCAUAGACUGUUCUCUCUGCUACCGCACGGCAAGCGUUACCGGAGCACCAAGUCUAGAUCCAAAAGGCUCAUUAACAGCUUCUACCCCCAAGCCAUAAGACUGCUGAACAAUUAAUCAAAUGGCCACCCGGACUAUUUACAUUGACCCCCCCCCUUUUGUUUUUACGCUGCUGCUACUCACUGUUUAUUAUCUAUGCAUAGUCACUUUACCCCUACCUAUAUGUACAAAUUAGCUUGACUAACCUGUACCCCCGCACAUUGACUCAGUACCAGUACCCCCUGUAUAGCCUCGUUAUUGUUAUUUUAUUGUGUUACUUUUAUUUUUAUUUUUAUUAACUCUAUUUCUUGAACUGCAUUGUUGGUUAAGGGCAUGUAUAAGUAAGCAUUUCACGGUAAGGUCUAUCUAUACCUGUUGUAUUCGGCGCAUGUGACAAAUUAAAUGUGAUUUGAUUUGUUUGCUGAAUCCCCACCAUGGCUCUCCAGGAGAACAAGUCCUUAGAGUAUAACAAAGCCUCUGCUCCCAGUAGGUUGGUUUGUUAUGGUGAGGAUGUACUCGAUGAAAAUAAUUGCCAUCUCUCUUUUCAUUGUGCCGAGGUCUCAUUUAGCCUUUGUCAGUAGAAUUACAUGCAUGGUGCAAAUGAGGUUUUUUUCAAAGCUGUCCAAAUACUUACACACAUUUUAUUUUUCACUCAUACAGAAUUUGUUUGUCAACCUGACGAAAUGAUUGGUACCUAUCUAAACAUUUUCAGAAUCAGAAUCACUUUAUUCGCUAAGUACAUUUACACAUACCCAGAAUUUGACUUAGUGAAUAGGUGCUGCCAGCAAUAGACAGAAUAUAGACACAAAGUCAACAUACAGAAUAUACUAUAUAAAUACAGGAAACAUAAAACUCUGGAGUACAGGCUGAUAUACAAUGAGGAUAUACAGGUAACUGCCAAAAUAAUGGAAACACUUAAGUAAAUGAGGGAUACAAAGUGUAUUGAAAGCAGGUGCUUCCACACAGCUGUGGUUCCUGAGUUAAUUAAGCAAUUAACAUCCCAUCAUGCUUAGGGUCAUGUAUAAAAAUGCUGGGCAGGCCAUUAUUUUGGCUAUUAUUCUGGCUACGGCUAUUCCCCCAUAGGAUGACAAUGCCCCCAUCCACAGGGCACGAGUGGUCACUGAAUGGUUUGAUGAGCAUGAAAAUGAUGUAAACCAUAUGCCAUGGCCGUCUCAGUUACCAGAUCUCAACCCAGUUGAACACUUAGGGGAGUUGCUGGAGAGGCACCUGAGACAAUGUUUUCCGCCACCAUUAACAAAACACCAAAUUAUAUAAUUUCUUGUGGAAGAAUGGCGUCUCAUCCCUCCAAUAGAGUACCGGGAACUUGUAGAAUCUAUGCCAAGGUGCAUUGAAGCUGUUCUGGCUCAUGGUGGCCAAACGCCCUAUUAAUCAAAUACAAUUGUAUUUGUCACAUGCGCCGAAUACAACAGGUGUAGCCCUUACCGUGAAAUGCUUACUUACAACCCCUUAACCAACAACGCAGUUUUAAGAAAAUAGAGAAAAAUAUUUACUAAAUAAACUAAAGUUAAAGAAAAUUAAACAAAUAAAAAUAACACUAUAAAAUAACAAUAAAGAGGCUACAGUGAGGGAAAAAUUUUUUUUGAUCCCCUGCUGAUUUUGUACGUUUGCCCACUGACAAAGAAAUUAUCAGUCUAUAAUUUUAAUGGUAGGUUUAUUUGAACAGUGAGAGACAGAAUAACAACAACAAAAAUCCAGAAAAACACAUGUCAAAAAUGUUAUAAAUUGAUUUGCAUUUUAAUGAGGGAAACAAGUAUUUGACCCCCUCUCAAUCAGAAAGAUUUCUGGCUCCCAGGUGUCUUUUAUACAGGUAACAAGCUGAGAUUAGGAGCACACUCUUAAAGGGAGUGCUCCUAAUCUCAGCUUGUUACCUGUAUAAAAGACACCUGUCCACAGAAGCAAUCAAUCAAUCAGAUUCCAAACUCUCCACCAUGGCCAAGACCAAAGAGCUCUCCAAGGAUGUCAGGGACAAGAUUGUAGACCUACACAAGGCUGGAAUGGGCUACAAGACCAUCGCCAAGCAGCUUGGUGAGAAGGUGACAACAGUUGGUGUGAUUAUUCGCAAAUGGAAGAAACACAAAAUAACUGUCUCCCUGGGCCUGGGGCUCCAUGCAAGAUCUCACCUCGUGGAGUUGCAAUGAUCAUGAGAACGGUGAGGAAUCAGCCCAGAACUACACGGGAGGAUCUUGUCAAUGAUCUCAAGGCAGCUGGUACAAUAGUCACCAAGAAAACAAUUGGUAACACACUACGCCGUGAAGGACUGAAAUCCUGCAGCACCCGCAAGGUCCCCCUGCUCAAGAAAGCACAUAUACAGGCCCGUCUGAAGUUUGCCAAUGAACAUCUGAAUGAUUCAGAGGAGAACUGGGUGAAAGUGUUGUGGUCAGAUGAGACCAAAAUCAAGCUCUUUGGCAUCAACUCAACUCGCCGUGUUUGGAGGAGGAGGAAUGCUGCCUAUGACCCCAAGAACACCAUCCCCACCGUCAAACAUGGAGGUGGAAACAUUAUGUUUUGGGGGUGUUUUUCUGCUAAGGGGACAGGACAACUUCACCGCAUCAAAGGGACGAUGGACGGGGCUAUGUACCGUCAAAUCUUGGGUGAGAACCUCCUUCCUUCAGCCAGGGCAUUGAAAAUGGGUCGUGGAUGGGUAUUCCAGCAUGACAAUGACCCAAAACACACGGCCAAGGCAACAAAGGAGUGGCUCAAGAAGAAGCACAUUAAGGUCCUGGAGUGGCCUAGCCAUUCUCCAGACCUUAAUCCCAUAGAAAAUCUGUGGAGGGAGCUGAAGGUUCGAGUUGCCAAACGUCAGUCUCGAAAUCUUAAUGACUUGGAGAAGAUCUGCAAAGAGCAGUGGGACAAAAUCCCUCCUGAGAUGUGUGCAAACCUGGUGGCCAACUACAAGAAACGUCUGACCUGUGUGAUUGCCAACAAGGGUUUUGCCACCAAGUACUAAGUCAUGUUUUGCAGAGGGGUCAAAUACUUAUUUCCCUCAUUAAAAUGCAAAUCAAUUCAUAACAUUUUUGACAUGCGUUUUUCUGGAUCCUUUUUUUGUUAUUCUGUCUCUCACUGUUCAAAUAAACCUACCAUUAAAAUUAUAGACUUAUCAUGUCUUUGUCAGUGGGCAAACGUACAAAAUCAGCAGGGGAUCAAAUACUUUUUCCCCUCACUGUAUAUACAGGGGGUACCUGUACUGAGUCAAUGUACCAUUUUUUGGGGCCUUCCUCUGACACCGCCUAGUAUAUAGGUCCUGGAUGUCAGGAAGCUUGGCCCCAGUGAUGUACUGGGCCGUACGCACUACCCUCUGUAGCGCCUUACGGUCGGAUGCCGAGCAGUUGCCAUACCAAGCGGUGAUGCAACCGGUCAGGAUGCUCUCCAUGGUGCAGCUGUAGAACUUUUUGAGGAUCUGGGGACCCAUGCCAAAUCUUUUCAGUCACCUGAGGGGGAAAAGGCAGGUUACCUUCGCUUUCUUGGGCACAGGGACUGUGGUGGUCUGCUUGAAACAUGUAGAUAUUACAGACUCGGUCAGGGAGAGGUUGAAAAUGUCAGUGAAGACACUUGCCAGUUGGUCCGCGCAUGCUCUGAGUACACGUCCUGGUAAUCCGUCUGGCCCCGCGGCCUUGUGAAUGUUCACCUGUUUAAAGGUGUUGCUCACAUCGGCUACGGAGAGCUUGAUCACACAGUCGUCCGGAACAGCUAGUGCUCUCAUGCAUGCUUCAGUGUUGCUUGCCUCGAAGCGAGCAUAAAACGUAUUUAGCCCAUCUGGUAGGCUCGCGUCACUGGGCAGCUCGCGGCUGUGUUUCCCUUUGUAGUCCGUAGUUUGCAAGCCCUGCCACAUCUGACGAGCGUCAGAGCCGGUGUAGUAGGAUUUAGUCUUAGUCCUGUAUUGACGCUUUGCCUGUUUGAUGGUUCGUCUGAGGGCAUAGCGGGAUUUGUUAUAAGCGUCUGGAUUAGUGUCUCGCUCCUUGAAAGCGGCAGCUCUAGCCUUUAGCUCGGUGUGGAUGUUGCCUGUAAUCCAUGGCUUCUGGUUGGGAUAUGUACGGUCACUGUGGGGAUGACGUCGUCGAUGCACUUAUUGAUGAAGCCGUUGACUGACGUGGUAUAUUCCUCAAUGCCAUUGGAUGAAUCCCGGAACAUAUUCCAGUCUGUGCUAGCAAAACAGUCCUGUAGCGUAGCAUCCGCGUCAUCUGACCACUUCCGUAUUGAGCGAGUCACUGGUACUUCCUGCUUUAGUUUUUGCUUGUAAGCAGGAAUCAGGAGGAUAGAAUUAUGGUCAGAUUUUCCAAAUGGAGGGCGAGGGAGAGCUUUGUUCACGUCUCUGUGUGUGGAGUAAAGGUGGUCUAGAGUUUUACUUUUUAUUUUGUUGCACAUAUGACAUGCUGGUAGAAAUGAGGUAAAACGGAUUUAAGUUUGCCUGCAUUAAAGUUCCCGGCCACUAGGAGCGCCGCUUCUGGAAGAGCAUUUUCUUGUUUGCUUAUGGCCUUAUACAGCUCGUUGAGUGCGGCCUUAGUGCCAGUGUCGGUUUGUGGUGGUAAAUAGAUGGCUACGAAAAAUAUAGAUGAAAAUUCUCUUGGUAGAUAGUGUGGUCUACAGCUUAUCAUGAGGUACUCUACCUCAGGCGAGCAAUACCUCGAAACUACCUUAGUAUUAGACAUUGCGCACCAGCUGUUAUUGACAAAUAGACACACACCCCCACCCGUAGUCUUACCAGACGUAGCUGUUCUGUCCUGCCGAUGCACGGAAAACCCAGCCAACUGUAAAUGAUCCACUUUAUGUUGCCGUUUCCUUUAUAAUUUAUGGUGGGGAUAUUUUACAGUGGGGAUAUAUCUAGAACGUGAAGUCUAUGAAUAAGAAGAGAUCAAUAGAUCCCACCCUCCCUGUCAUGGGGCCAUCAGGGCCUGUAUUCGUAAAAUGUCUCAGGGUAGGAGUGCUAGGAUCAGUUUGCCUUCUAGAUCAUAGUACAUUUGAUUAAAUGGAUAGGAGGGACCUGAUACUAGUUCAGCACUCUUACUCUGAGACGCUUGAUGAAUACGGACCCUGAUCUUCUCUGUAUUACCUGUGUAGAUGUGUACCAUAUCACGUUCAUUUGGCCCGAGGACAAGGAAGUGGUGCAGCGGUUAGAGCGCCAGAAGGCUGUGUCAGAGGAGCAGCUUGUCGCCCAGCUGAUGCAGCACCAUCGCAAGGUUCACGCCCUGCGCAAGACCUACCUCAACUGCCUGAAGAGCAUUGACGCCGACCAACCACAUGUGGACGUGUUUGACCAGGGUGAGAAGACCACUCCCAGCUAGCACAUUUGGUUCCUUGGAAGUUCUGGGAAAGUAUGUUUUUGGUUUGAAGGGAGGUUCUGAGAAUGUUUUACUCUGGUUCCUUGAAUGUUUUCCUGGGAGGUUUCAUUAACGCUCUGAGAACAGAAAUGAUAGGUUGGGGGCCUCCUGAGUGGCACAGCGGUCUAAGGCACUGCAUCGCAGUGCUAGAGGCGUCACUACAGACCCUGGUUAGUUCCCAGGCUGUGUCACAGCCGGCCGCGACCGGGAGACCUAUGAGGCGCCGCACAAUUGGCCCAUCGUCAUCCGGGUUAGGGGAGGGUUUGGCCGGCCGGGAUGUCCUUGUCCCAUCACACUCUAGCGACUCCUGUGGCCGGGCGCAUGCAUGCUGACACGGUCGCCAGUUGUACUGUGUUUCCUCCGACACAUUGUUGCGGCUGGCUUCCGGGUUAAGCGAGCAGUGUGUCAAGAAGCAGUGCGGCUUGGCAGGAUCAAUUUCAGAGGAUGCAUGGCUCUCGACCAUCGCCUCUCCCGAGUCCAUACGGGAGUUGCAGCGAUGGAAAAAUACUGUAACUACCAAUUGGAUAUCACGAAAUUGGGGAGAAAAGGGGGUAAAAUACAAUAAAAAUGAUUUGGAGGUUUUUGUUUCAAUAAGACUUUUAAUAACACUGCUAGCUUAUUUUGGGUUCACUUUUUUUAAACUCCAAGCACAGAUUGGACAAAUGAAAAUAAAUGUCCUUAGGCAUUAAUCAUUGUGACACAGCAUCAGUGAGUUAUAAUCUUGUGUUCUCUAUCCAUGGAAUUAGUCCACUGCGCCACCAGGAUGGAGCUAGCAUGUCAUGUAUUUUUACACAUACAAAGCUGUUCAUUUUAGUCUAUUCAAACAUACCCCAUUUCAAAUGAAACAAGCACUCAUUAAGAUCAGAGGUGCGUUCAGUUCGAUUGAACGUUUGCUACGUUACAGAACGGUUUGUACUGAACGACACGUUUCCCCAAAACGUUCUUGUACGUUCUUGAACAGACUUUGAGGUUAGUUUGCUCCCUUUUGGUUGGUGUGGUGAGGUGUGGCUUGAAGCAAUGAGUGACGUAUUUACAGUGCCUUGAGAAAGUAUUCAUACCCCUUGACCUAUUCCACAUUUUGUUGUGUUACAGCCUGAAUUCAAAAUGGAUUAAAUUUUUUUAAAAAUCUCACACAUCUACACACAAUAUCCCAUAAUGACGAGGUAAAAACAUGUUUUUAGAAAUGUUUGCACAUUUAUUGAAAAUGAAAUACAGAAAUGUAUCAUUUACAUAAGUAUUCACACCUCUGAGUCAAUACUUUGUAGAAACACCUUUGGCGGCGAUUACAGCUUUGAGUUGUCUUGCACAUCUGGAUUUGGGGAUUUUCUCCCAUUCUUCCUUGCCCAAUUUCUCAAGCUCUAUUAAGUUAGACAGGGAGCGGCGAUAAACAGCAAUCUUCAAGUCUUUCCACCGAUUUUCAAUGGGAUUCAAGUCUGUGCUUUAGCUGGGCCACUAAAGGACUUUUACUUUCUUGUUCUGGAGCCAUUCCAGUGUUGCUUUGGCUGUAUGCUUAGGGUCAUUGUCCUGUUGGAACGUAAAUCUUCGCCCCCAGUCUAAGGUCGUUUGCACUCUGAAGCAGGUUCUCAUCAAGGAUUUGCCUGUAUUUGGCUCCAUUCAUUGUUCCUUCUAUCCUUACCAGUCUCCCAGUCCCUGCCGCUGAAAAGCAUCCCCAUAGCAUGAUGCUGCAACCAACAUGCUUCACGGUAGGGAUGGUGUUAGACGGGUGAUGAGCUGUGCCUUGUUUUCUCCAGACAUAGCACUUUGCAUUCAGGCGAAAUAGUUGUUGGUUUUUCUCAUCAGACCACAGUCUUUUGCCUUAUGAUCUCAGAGUCUUUCACGUGCAUUUUUGCAAACCCCAGGCGUGCUGCCAUGGUAGCCACUCCUGAGAAAAAGGCACGUCUGGCCACUCUCCCAUAAAGCCCAGAUUGGUGCUAUAGAGACUGUUGUCCUUCUGACAGGUUCUCCCAUCUCAGCCAAGGAACUCUGUAGUUCAUUCAGAGUGGUCAUUGGUCACCUCCCUGACCAAGGUCCUUCUUGCCCGUUUGGUCGGACGACCAGCUCUAGGCAGAGUCUAGGUAGUUCCACAUUUUUCAAUUUCCCAAUGAUGGAGACCACUGUACUCUUGGAAAUGGUUUUAUACCCUUCCCCAGAUAUAUGCCUCAUCACAAUUCUAUCUCGGAGAUCUACGGACAGUUCCUUAGACUUGGUAUAGUUUUUGCUCUGACAUGCACUGUUAACUGUGGGACCUUAUAUAGACGUGUGUUUCUUUCUAAAUCAUGUCCAAACAAUUCAAUUGGCCACAUGUGAACUCCAAUCAAGUUGUAUCAAAGGAAAUUGGAUGCACCUGAGCUCAAAUUGGAGUGUCAUAGCAAAUACUUAUGUAAAUGAGAUAUUUCUGUAUUUCAUUUUGAAUACAUUUACAAACAUUUCUAAAAACAUGUUAAAGUAAUGAAAUACUAAGAAAAUUAUGUUUUUUUUGUCAAGUUCUGUAAAUGUGCUGAGAAUGUUCCAAAGCCAAGCAACUAUCCUGCACCAUUCCCAGAAAGUUGUGGAAAGGUUGUAUGCAAAAUAACCAUAGGACAACCACGCUCUCACCAAGCUCUAAGAAAUACAUGGUUCUCAGAACGUUAUGUGCUAGCUGGGGUGUAUGACUGCAGACUAGAACACCACUCUAAGGGGUCCAACUUCAAACAUAAUAUGCUACAUGUUUCCAAUUAUCUGUCCUUCCUCCUAAAGUGUGCACUUGUUCCUUUCACUCCAAGGAAAUGACUGGGAUAAGAAACAUGGUGGAAACUCUAGCCCAUGCCUUCACCAAUCCAAUACUUUUAGGUUUGUGGGAAGUAGUGAAAGAGUGUAUAUAUUAUUGGGACGAAGGACGCAGCCAUAUAGAAGGACACACUUCUUUAAACCAGAAGAAAAUACUCACUGACUGACAUAUCUCCAUAUUCCACAGUUAGUACACUGAUAAAAAUUCAAACGCAACAUGUGAAGUGUUGGUCCUAUGUUUCAUGAGUUGAAAUAAAAGAUCCCAGAAAUUAUCCAUAAUCCAUCCACCUGACAGGUGUGGCAUAUCAAUAAUCUGUGCUGGGGUCAAUAAAAGGCCACUCUAAAAUGUGCAGUUUUGUCACACAACACAAUGCUACAGAUGUCUCAAGUUUUGAGGGAGCAUGAAAUUGGCAUGCUGACUGCAGGAAUGUCCACCAGAGCUGUUGCCAGAGAGUUUAAUGUUAAUUGCUCUACCAUAAGCCGCCUCCAACGUCAUUUUAGAGAAUUUGGCAGUACAUCCUCACAAACACAGACCACGUGUAUAGCGUUGUGUGGGCGAGCGGUUUGCUGAUGUCAACGUUGUGAACAGAGUGCCCCAUGGUGGCGGUGGGGUAUGGUAUGGUAUGGGCAAGCAUAAGCUACGGACAACGAGCACAAUUGCAUUUUAUCGAUGCCAAUUUGAAUGCACAAAAAUACUGUGACGAGAUCAUAAGGCCCAUUGUGAGGGGGUAUCUGUGACCAACAGAUGCAUAUCUGUAUUCCCAGUCAUGUGAAAUCCAUAGAUUAGGGCCUAAUGCAUUUAUUUCAAUUGACUGAUUUCCUCAUAUGAACUGUAACUCAGUAAAAUCAAUGAAUUUGUUGCAUAUUUUUGUUCAGUAUAGUAAUGACUUACAUAAAUCCCCUCUCUUUGAUGUUUGGCUACCUGAGACAGUGAUUGACAAUGGAUGACAGUCCCUCCCAUCACGGGCUUCAGAGGCUUUGUUGCACAGCAUCAAAGCCUCAUCACCACAUAAUCUCAGUCUGCGUCCCAAAUGGCACCCUAUUCCCUAUAUAGUGCACUACUUUUGACCAGAGCCCAAUAUAUAGGGAAUAGGGUGCUAUUUGGGACACACUCUCAGUGGCCUGCUGCCCCUCCACGGCCACCCCUUCUGGCGGGAUGUCAGCACUGCACUGCAGCAGACCCAUGGGGAGGUUUUGAUUCCCCUCCCUGUCAGCCCAGCUGACGGACGGGGAGUUUGCCUAAGGCAAAGCUACAGGCGAGGGGAGGAGGAGCAGCCGUCGCAGCCUUCAGCCACACCAUUAAAGCCAUCUGAAUACAACCUAUCUGAACAUCACCACCACUCAACAAAAUAGUUCUGUCAUUCUCUCUCUUAAGAUUACUUUAGCCCAACCCCUGCAACAGAUACACAUACAGGUUUUGGAGAGGUACGGGGGCUGCCACACUGGCGUCUGUUGUGGGGGAAAAGUGCUUUGCUCAAGGGCACAACAACAGGCAAUGUCAUCUAGGAUUUGAUACCAGCAACCCUCCGGUUGCCAGCUCACUUCUCGACAGAUUUUACCUCACGUGUUUUUUUUAUUUUAUUUUUUAUAUAUAAUGGAAAAGUGGUGCGUGCAUAUGUAUUCACCCCCUUUGCUAUGAAGCCCCUAAAAAAGAUCUGGUGCAACCAAUUACCUUCAGAAGUCACAUAAUUAGUUAAAUAAAGUCCACCUGUGUGCAAUCCAAGUGUCACAUGAUCUGUCACAUGAUCUCAGUAUAUAUACACCUGUUUUGAAAGGCCACUAAGCAAGGGGCACCACCAAGCAAGCGGCACCAUGAAGACCAAGGAGCUCUCCAAACAGGUCAGGGACAAAGUUGUGGAGAAGUACAGAUCAGGGUUGGGUUAUAAAAAAAUAUCAGAAACUUUGAACAUCCCACGGAGCACCAUUAAAUCCAUUAUUAAAAAAUGGAAAGAAUAUGGCACCACAACAAACCUGCCAAGAGAGGGCCGCCCACCAAAACUCACAGACCAGGCAAGGAGGGCAUUAAUAAGAGAGGCAACAAAGAGACCAAAGAUAACCCUGAAGGAGUUGCAAAGCUCCACAGCGGAGAUUGGAGUAUCUGUCCAUAGGACCACUUUAAGCCGAUACUCCACAGAGCCGGGCUUUACGGAAGAGUGGCCAGAAAAAAGCCAUUGCUUAAAGAGAAAAAUAAGCAAACAAGUUUAGUGUUCGCCAAAAGGCAUGUGGGAGACUCCCCAAACAUAUGGAAGAAGGUACUAAAAUUGAGCUUUUUGGCCAUCAAGGAAAAAAAUGCUAUGUCUGGCGCAAACCCAACACCUCUCAUCACCCCGAGAACACCGGCAGGGACUGGGAUCCGAAUCGAAGGAAUGAUGGAUGGCACUAAAUACAGGGAAAUUCUUGAGGGAAACCUGUUUCAGUCUUCCAGAGAUUUGAGACUGUGACAGAGGUUCACCUUCCAGCAGGCGAAUGACCCUGAGCAUACUGCUAAAGCAACACUCGAGUGGUUUAAGGGGAAACAUUUAAAUGUCUUGGAAUGGCCUAGUCAAAGCCCAGACCUCAAUCCAAUUGAAUUGUGGUAUGACUUAAAGAUUGCUGUAUACCAGCGGAACCCAUCCAACUUGAAGGAGCUGGAGCAGUUUUGCCUUGAAGAAUGGGCAAAAAUCCCAGUAGCUAGAUGUGCCAAGCUUAUAGAGACAUACCCCCAAGAGACUUGCAGCUGUAAUUGCUGCAAAAGGUGUCUCUACAAAGUAUUGACUUUGGGUGGGGGGGGGUGAAUAGUUAUGCACGCUCAAGUUUUCUGUUUUUUUGUCUUAUUUCUUGUUUGUUUCACAAUAAAAAAAAUAUUUUGCAUCUUCAAAGUGGUAAGCAUGUUGUGUAAAUGAAAUGAUACAACCCCCCCCAAAAAUACAUUUUAAUUCCAGGUUGUAAGGCAACAAAAUAGGAAAAAUGCCAAGGGGGGUGAAUACUUUCGCAGGCCACUGUAUAUAAUUGUAAAUAAGAUCAUCUUGGAGAAGUAGCAAUCACCCAAAUAAAAAUGAUGCAUUCAGGAGUAUAUUUGUGAAACUGCACAUUUUGGAAAUUAGCUUUAAACGGUAAAAUUUUCACUCCGCCCCAUGGCAAAAUGUGUAGAAUUGCAGGAAAUUUGCUUUCAACUAGAAUCCUUAGUUUCUACGUCCAUUUUUGGGCAUACAGUGCAUUUGGAAAAUAUUCACAUUUUGUUAUGUUACAGCCUUAUUCUAAAAUGGAUUAAAUCGUAUUUUCCCCUCAUCAAUCUACACACAAUACCCCAUAAGGUCCUCUGUAGCUCAGCUGGUAGAGCACGGCGCUUGUAACGCCAAGGUAGUGGGUUCGAUCCCCGGGACCACCCAUACACAAAAAUGUAUGCAUGCAUGACUAAGUCGCUUUGGAUAAAAGUGUCUGCUAAAUGGCAUAUUAUUAUUAUUAUAUUAUAAUGACAAAGCAAAAACAGGUUUUUAUCAAUUUUUGCACAUUUAUAAUUUUUUUAAAACGGAAAUAUGACAUUUACAUAAGUAUUCAGACCCUUUACUCAGCACUUUGUUGAAGCACCUUUGGCAGCGAUUACUGCCUCGAGUCUUCUUGAGUAUGACGCUACAAGCUUGGCACACCAAUAUUUCGGGAGCUUCUCCCAUUCUUCUCUGCAGAUCCUCUCAAGCUCUGUCAGGUUGGCUGGGGAGCGUCGCUGCACAGCUAUUUUCAGGUAUUUCCAGAGAUGUUUGAUCGGGUUCAAGUCUGGGCUCCGGCUGGGCCACUCAAGGACAUUCAGAGACUUGUCCCGAAGCCACUCCUGCGUUGUUUUGGCUGUGUGCUUAGGGUCCUGUUGGAAGGUGAACCUUCGCCCCAGUCUGAGGUCCUGAGCGCUCUGGAGCAGGUUUUCAUCAAGGAUCUCUCUGUACUUUGCUCCGUUCAUCUUUCCCUCGAUCCUGACUAGUCUCCCAGUCCCUGCCGCUGAAAAACAUCCCCACAGCAUGAUGCUGCCACCACCAUGCUUCACAGUAGGGAUGGUGCCAGGUUUCCUCCAUACGUGACGCUUGGCAGUCAGGCUAAAGAGAUCUUGGUUUCAUCAGACCAGAAAAUCUUGUUUCUCAUUGUCUGAGAGUCUAGGUGCCUUUUGGCAAACUCCAAGUGGGCUGUCAUGCCUUUUACUGAGGAGUGGCUUCUGUCUGGCCACUCUACCAUAAAGGCCUGAUUGGUGGAGUGCUGCAGAGAUGGUUGUCCUUCUGGAAGGUUCUCCCAUCUCCACAGAGGAACUCUGGAGCUCUGUCAGAGUGACCAUCGCAUUCUUGGUCACCUCCCUGACCAAGGCCCUUCUCCCCCGAUUGCUCAGUUUGGCCGGGCGGCCAGCUCUAGGAAAAGUCUUGGUGGUUCCAAACUUCUUCCAUUUAAGAAUGAUAGAGGCCAUUGUUCUUGGGGAACCUUCAAUGCUGCAGACAUUUUUGGUACCCUUCCCCAGAUCUGUGCCUUGACACAAUCCUGUCUCGGAGCUCUACAGACAAUUCCUUCAACCUCAUGGCUUGGUUUUUGCUCUGACAUGCACUGUCAACUGUGGGACCUUAUAUAGACAGGUGUGUGCCUUUCCAAAUCAUGUCCAAUCAAUUGAAUUUACCACAACCAGCCCCAAUGCACUGUGAUACCCUUUGCACGUUAACAACUGGCUUAUGUGAUCAUACAUGACAGUGCAAGUAAUCUAACAGAGUUAUUGUGAAGCACAAGAGAUUAACGGUUUAGUAUUAUUUUUGCAUUGGUAAAUAGUGUCAUACCUUUUGUAUGGAAAUGUACCCGAGUGAACCCUCUUCAUAAAGACACAACCAAGACCAUACUUUGCAAAUUAGAUGUAAUUUAUAACAAUCUUUGCAGAUUCAUUCUUGGAUGCCAUUAUAAGACGCAUCAUUGCAAAAUGUAUGAAUCACUAAAUUGGCUGUCACUCCCAAACAGAAGACAACUCCAUUGGUAACUAUUUAUUUUUUAAAUGUAUCAACUUACAUUUCCCUGUAUAUAUUAAGACUCACAGUACUCUUUUCGACAACAGCAGCAAUGACAUAUUCCAAGGGUACAUCAUGAGGUUGGAUUAAGAUCUUUCAGAUACAAAGGCCCAAUUGACUGGAAUAAUUUACCUAUAGAAAUCAGGACAUUAAAAUCACACAUUGAUUUUAAGAAAGCACUUUUUCAAAUGUUAAGAACAAACUGUUUGUGUUUUUAACUAUUACGAACAUCGCUAUGAUGAGAUAUUUGUAAAUAUGUAUGUACAGUGAAAGAGAUUUUGUUUAACAAGUAAUGUAUUUUUCUCAAAAAGUUUAGAAUUUGGUUCCCAUAUUCCUAGCACACAAUGACUACAUCAAGAUUGUGACUCUACAAACGUGUAUGUAUUUGCAGUUAGUUUUGGUUGUGUUUCAGGUUAUUUUUUGCCCAAUAGAAAUGAAUGGUAAAUAAUGUAUUCUGUCAUUUUAGAGUCACUUUUAUUGUAAAUAAGAAUAGAAUAUGUUUCUAAACAAGAUCAUACCCCCAAGACAUGCUAACCUCCCCUGUAAUUGGUAAUGUUGGGAGGUUAACAUGUCUUUUGGGUAUGAUCUUUGACUCCGUAACCAUGGUAGCAUCCACAUUAAUGUAAAAGUGUUUAGAAACAUAUUCUGUUCUUAUUUAUAAUAAAAGUGACUCCAAAAUGACACAAUACAUUAUUUACCAUAAAUGUAUAUUGGGCACAAAAUAAUCUGAAACACAACCAAAACGAACUGCAAAUGCAUCCUACACGUUUUUAGAGUCACAAGCUUGAUGUAGUCAUUGCAUGCUAAGAAUAUGGGACCAAGUACUAAACUUUUGACUAUUUUAUUUAUUUAUAAGGAUCUUUAGGGGUGUCAAUAAUUUUGACCCCUACCUUUGUGAGAAAAAAAGUAUUACUUGUUAAACAAAAUCUCUUUCUCUGAGCAAUUGUAUUAGUAUAGUAGAAUAGAAUUUCCCCUUUUUUUUGCAUACAAUAUAGCUCAGUAUUUGAAUUAUUUAUUUUAUACCGUCAUUAUAGCUCAUCUUUAUCAAGGGUGUUAAUAAUUUCGGACACCACUGUAUGUCUUAUUAGUGAUAUUAGCAGUAGUUUUAUUAGCUGUAGGCCUAUUAGUAGUUGUAUAACAACUUUUUUGUUAUUAAUUUAUUAUUUUAUUGUUAUUAUUAUUAUUAUUAGACAGUAGUUGCCAUAUUCUUGUUACUAAGUAUUGUUUGUUAAUUUGGGUUUUUAUUUGGACACUUUUGAAAACAAGAUGGUUUCAUCCUGCAAAUGUUUUAAUAAAUAUGUGUAAGUGUUCUAGCUAUUCCUAUAUCAAGAUAGAUAGCAUUUGGUAAAGAAAGCUCUUAGCAAUGCUUUUGCUAAAAUAACAUAAUUAAAAUUGUGACACACUAGAGACGAACAGAAUUUAGCUGUAGUUUAUACAUUUUCAAUAUGAAUUAACUGAUAUUCUUGUUAACCAUCACUUACAACUUUAACACUGUUUCCAAGGUAACAUAUGCUUACUAGGCUAUGUGGAUAACUUAAAAUAAAAUACUUAUGUGAAUCCCCUCACUACAGAAUCUACCACAAAGGACCAAGCAAACAGUUUCUGAAUGAAUACCUACUGGGCACCGAUGUCAGUUCAACGUCUAGUUUUGAUUUACAUUUGGUUGAGUUGUCAACUAACGUGAAUUCAACGUGAAAUCCCCCCCAAAAUAUUCACCAUGUCAUUGGAUUUAGGUAAAAAUUUUGUGAAAAAACAAUGAAAUUCCCUUACGUUAAGGACUUUUUUCAAAUCCUAUCAGUUUUCCACAUUGGUUGAAAUGACGUGGAAAUAAUGUUGAUUCAACAAGUUUUUGCCCGGUGGGUAGGAUUCAGUUAAAGACAUUUUUAAAGACGUCCUCCAGAUAUUUUUUUACUUUUACUGUUGAAGUAUAAAUACAGCAAAGUACACACACUAAAGGUGUGCUAUAAUGACAUACCUGGACCACCAAUUGAGAUGUGCCUUUUGUUAAGUAAAUCAGGUGUUAAAUGAGGUGAAAAGGAGAACUGGAUUGCCACUUUAAUGCUGUGAUUGUUGUCUCCUCCCACAGUGCUGACGUACAUUCUCUCGCAGCACCGUUCUGUGGCCCCUCACACCCCCAGGGUCCUCCUCUUUGGUCCCCCUGGCUCAGGCAAGAGUCUGCAGGCGAAACUUAUCUCUCAGAAAUACAACAUUGUCAAUCGUAAGUUCUCACCCAGAACAGUUCUUCACUGUCCUUCUCAAUGUGUUCACCAUACUAUUGCCUUUACCUGGCUCUACAGAAUACUCAUUGAUUGAAUUUGUACUACUCUGGGUUAUGGUGUUAAAUUCAAAAUGGGUUUUAGAAGUACUUCUUAUGAUACAACUUUUGGAUGUUAGUUCGACACAAAUAAUAUUUUGCCAUGUUCUCUAGUGUAGCCACAGAAACCGACAGAAUGCGGUUAUAUUAAUUGCGGUGUUCCUGUUUGAAUGCAGUUUAUAACAGAAUGCGUUUAUCCAAUAUUGACUCCCAGUUUGCAAACCAGAUACAGUGGGGAGAACAAGUAUUUGAUACACUGCCGAUUUUGCAGGUUUUCCUACUUACAAAGCAUGUAGAGGUCUGUAAUUUUUAUCAUAGGUACACUUCAACUGUGAGAGACGGAAUCUAAAACAAAAAUCCAGAAAAUCACAUAGAUUUUCACAUGAUUUUUAAGUAAUUAAUUUGCAUUUUAUUGCAUGACAUAAGUAUUUGAUACAUCAGAAAAGCAGAACUUAAUAUUUGGUACAGAAACCUUUGUUUGCAAUUACAGAGAUCAUACGUUUCCUGUAGGUCUUGACCAGGUUUGCACACACUUCAGCAGGGAUUUUGGCCCACUCCUCCAUACAGCCUUCUCCAGAUCCUUCAGGUUUUGGGUCUGUUGCUGUGCAAUACGGACUUUCAGCUCCCUCCAAAGAUUUUCUAUUGGGUUCAGGUCUGGAGACUGGCUAGGCCACUCCAGGACCUUGAGAUGCUUCUUACGGAGCCACUCCUUAGUUGCCCUGGCUGUGUGUUUCGGGUCGUUGUCAUGCUGGAAGACCCAGCCACAACCCAUCUUCAAUGCUCUUACUGAGGGAAGGAGGUUGUUGGCCAAGAUCUCGCGAUACAUGGCCCCAUCCAUCCUCCCCUCAAUACGGUGCAGUCGUCUUGUCCCCUUUGCAGAAAAGCAUCCCCAAAGAAUGAUGUUUCCACCUUCAUGCUUCACAGUUGGGAUGGUGUUCUUGGGGUUGUACUCAUCCUUCUUCUUCCUCCAAACACGGCGAGUGGAGUUUAGACCAAAAAGCUCUAUUUUUGUCUCAUCAGACCACAUGACCUUCUCCCAUUCCUCCUCUGGAUCAUCCAGAUGGUCAUUGGCAAACUUCAGACGGCCCUGGACAUGCGCUGGCUUGAGCAGGGGGACCUUGCGUGCGCUGCAGGAUUUUUAAUCCAUGACGGCGUAGUGUGUUACUAAUGGUUUUCUUUGAGACUGUGGUCCCAGCUCUCUUCAGGUCAUUGACCAGGUCCUGCCGUGUAGUUCUGGGCUGAUCCCUCACCUUCCUCAUGAUCAUUGAUGCCCCACGAGGUGAGAUCUUGCAUGGAGCCCCAGACCGAGGGUGAUUGACCAUCAUCUUGAACUUCUUCCAUUUUCUAAUAAUUGCGCCAACAGUUGUUGCCUUCUCACCAAGCUGCUUGCCUGUUGUCCUGUAGCCCUUUCCAGCCUUGUGCAGGUCUACAAUUGUAUCCCUGAUGUCCUUACACAGCUCUCUGGUCUUGGCCAUUGUGGAGAGGUUGGAGUCUAUUUGAUUGAGUGUGUGGACAGGUGUCUUUAAUACAGGUAACGAGUUCAAACAGGUGCAGUUAAUACAGGUAAUGAGUGGAGAACAGGGGGGCUUCUUAUAGAAAAACUAACAGGUUCUGUGAGAGCCGGAAUUCUUACUGGUUGGUACGUGAUCAAAUACUUAUGUCAUGCAAUAAAAUGCAAAUUCAUUACUUAAAAAUCAUACAAUGUGAUUUUCUGGAUUUUUGUUUUAGAUUCCGUCUCUCACAGUUGAAGUGUACCUAGGAUAAAAAUUACAGACCUCUACAUGCUUUGUAAGUAGGAAAACCUGCAAAAUCGCCAGUGUAUCAAAUACUUGUUCUCCCCACUGUAAAUUAUUUAAUGCUGUAGAUUUAUGGCUGAAGUGCUGGAGUAUAGAACCAAAAUUAAAAUUGUAGCUUCACUGUCCAAAUACAUAUGGUGAGGACUGUAUGUACAGUAUAUGAUAUAUAUUUGUUUAGACAUAAACAUGAUUAAAAUGUUCUGUUUUGACAUGGUGUCUUAUAUCACUGCCAUUUCUUCAUGUUUUUUUGCACAGACUUUCAUUUUCCAUCCUUCAUCUCUCCUUGUUUACUGUAUAUGGCUGCAUCCCAAAUGCACGCUAUUCCCUAUGUAGUGAACUACCUUUGACCAAGGCCACUCUAGGGAAUAGGGUGCCAUUUGGGACGCAGCCUAUGACUCCAGGAACAGGAGCUGUCAUUUUUCCUAUUCUGUUUACUCCCUGUCUGAAAGGUUACAUUGUGUAUUCUGUUUAUUUCAACUUGAAUGUCUCCCCUUUCUUGUCCCGACUCUCCGCUCCCCUUGUAGUUUGCUGCGGUGAGCUUCUGGAGGCGGUUUCUGCAGACGCCACCAAUAUGGGAGAACUCAUUAAACCUUACUUGGAAUCUGGACAGCAAGGUACACAGCUAGUCAUACAAGAGGGUGCACUCUUACAUACAUGCGCUCACACACCCGCACACAUCUUUGUGGCCAUACAAUUUACCUGGUUCCUCCUUCAAUUAUAUGCUUUUAGCAUCAGAACCUGCAUGUAAACAGUGUUAAAGGGGGGAGUCCAAAUGGAUAAGUGUCCACAGAGACCUGUGUCCCUGCCCAUGCAAUAGUAAUGAACAGCUCUGGAAUGGCUAGAGUCAUUUGCCUAGGAGAAUUAGAUGAGCUCGGACUACUCAUCAUCAGACAAUUCUCUUAUGUGAAUAAUAACUAAGGAGACAUUCUCUAGUACUACAUUUCCAAAUACUUCGAGUCAGGUUUUGAUCUGGGUUAUGUUUCUCAUCUUGAUUGGAAAAAUAUAGAUAUUUCAGUCAGUUUUGUUAUUUAAUUGUUUUGCUACUAUGGAAUAAUAUCCUGUGGAAAAGAACAUUAGACAUGAUAUAAGGCGUUUGCCAUUUAGCUGGGACUACAGCUCCACUCUAGAGAGUGCAUGGAGCUGCCAAAGCUUGCCAAUCACUGCUGUGCCCAGAGCCUGUGUCUGGGCCACUCGCCUUGAGCAACUUUUUAUUAAUUGAAUAAACAUCCCCUGGGGAGUGGACUCCAUGCAGAUGUGUGUCGAGAUUGUGCCUCCAAUGCAUACUGAGCUCAAGCCUAAUGAGGGCCUUGGCUCGCACACUUAUCCCUCACACGCACACACACCACACACACAUACACACACACACAUAGGCUACGCAUACACAAACACACAUUUGCACACCUGCACACCCACACACACAGGCUUAAUCUGGGUCUGGGAAAAUGACCCAUAGAUUCCAUUUGCGACUAUUUACGACCAGAAUAACCACUGCUGGCCCCUGCAGUGUUGGGAACCAACUCACAUUCUUAUUGUUACCAAUGUACAUAUUGGAGUGGAGAAUAUGCACGGCAUAUGUUAAUUGUUGUGUUCAACUUCUUGUAUUUUGUAGAACUGGGCUUUAUGUUAUCCAGUGGGAGAAGGCGGCUUUUGCCAUUUGCCAUCUUUCUCCCCAACCCUUCCUACAUCACUCUCCCUCUCUCAGUGACAGUGAGGGUUGCAGGGAGAGGAGCUUGCUUAAAUAAUUUACUAGUUGAUUAAUAGACUCACUGGGGUGUAAUUAGAGUAGGGAGAGAUGGGGGCUAGUGUAACCAGUCCAGUGCUUCAGGGAUUUGGAGAGCCACAUUAAGGAAGUAGAAAAUAGGAAAUGGUGUUAUGGAGGAGUGGAAGGAAAGGAGGGAGAAGAAGAAACCUUUUUUCAGGCUGACUGACGUUUUGAAGAUGUUUCUGCAGGAGGGAGAAGCUCAGAUUGUUUGAUGUGGAAAUCGGACCGUUUCAAUCCAUCAACUUACAUUUUUCACAAGCUUCAUGGUCCCCUUGGGUUUUGCACUUAUUUUUUCUCUCUCAACGAAUAUAAUUAUAUUACCUCCCCCCCUUUUCAUUUUCUGCUAUUUUCUCUCUACCUUUCGCACACACUUUCCUUCUCCCACCUCCACCCACUGUUUUUUCUUCUCUUAUUAAAAGCCACUGCUUCACCUUACUUUUGGAAUGCCAUCAUCAACAUCAACAAUUCACUUACGCUGUCUGUCAUGCUGCAGCUAGCUGAUUUCAGAGUGGAAGGUGUGUGUGAAGUGUCUUCAAGAAAUGUGAACAUGAAUUUGUCUGAUUCCAACUGAAUUAUUUUGUAGCUGGAUACAUAACUCCGUGAUUCAUUCCUCCUUGAUUUAGAAGAAAAUGCAUGUAUCUGACGAUAUAGCCUACACUUAAUAGGCAUGUUUCUUUUUGGAAGCAUGAGAGAUUUCUGGCUCAAGGUGCAAUAAGUGGGGUUGGAAAAAAACAAGACCAAAUAGAAAGUACAGAGGGGGAUAAAUUAUACCAGACAAGCCGACAUAAAGGUUGAUACCCAAUUUUCUUUGGGGGGGGGGGGGGGGGGGAUUAUAUAUUUUUUGCACCACAAGCCUUGUCAGAAUGGAAGAGCACAUGUAUAAGAAUCCUCUGGACACAAUCUGCUGAUAUGAUGAUAACGCCAGGAAUUAGGCUAAUCAAUGAAAUGUUCUAUUUCUAAAUGAAAAUAUUAAUAAAGAGUAGGCUAUAGAGUGUUUAUUAAGGAAAUUCCUGAAGAAUCCACAAAGCAACGAAAGUAAUGAGAUAAAUAUGUUAAUCAUGAAUAUGUCCGUUAGCAUGUGUAAACUAUGGAAUGUGACUGAUCUAAUACAAAUUGAUAGAUACAGUAUAAGCAAUGGUUCUAUCACAUCUUCCACCAAUCCAGGCAUGUCAGAUCAGGGAUCUAUCUGUCUGAUCAGGAAGGAUGCAUUCUUAAAGUCUUCUUAAGAAUUCUUAAAGAACAGGACCAGAGUUUCUAAGGGAGUGUGUUAUGUGUGUCCCUGUGUUUCCUCAGUGCCUGACAGCAUGGUGCUGCAGAUCCUGACUGAGCGUCUCAGCAGGCUGGACUGUACCACACGGGGCUGGGUGCUGCAUGGCUUCCCCAGAGACCUGGAGCAGGCAGAGAAACUCCAGGAGUCCAACUUCAUCCCCAGCAGGUAGGCCUAUUUCCCUCUAGCUCUGGUCCAGGGCGUUAGAGCGCGUUCCUCUACUAACGCCUCUAGUUGCAUAGGAAACAUGAUGGGACCCGAGCUAAUUUACCUCUAGAUUCCCUAGAGGACACAGCCAAUCAGCCUAUAUCUCAGACCUCGGUCUGACUUAACGAUCACUCACACUCCACUAUAGGGUUGUGUGUAUUUGUGGAGCACCAGGUGUCAAAGUUAACGAUAGAGUCCUAUCAGUGUGGUAACGUGAAACUACUGUAGUAGCUCUGUAAUAUCUCCUGCUUCUCCGUUCUGUGUAAAGGGAUUAGUUUAUGUAUCUAGUAGGUUCCAGUUGAAUUCAUGUUUUGGUUCAAAUACAGUUUACCACUUCACUGCAUUACAUGACAGUCAGGCUACAUGUUUGCCUGGUGGAACCAGCCUGAUAGCUGCAUUCACCAUUAUGUUUUACUGAAAUAGAAGGGUGAAUGCAGCUAUCACUAGAGGAUAGCACCAUAUAAUAACACUAUUACUCUAAGAAAGGUGUUUAAAGAGGCAAUCCUUAAUUGAAACCUUAACAGUUUCAGUAAAAAGCUGAGGGAUGGGGCUGGAGAAAUGCAACCACUCAAAUCCAUAGACGCUAUGGAUGCAAGGAUUGACCAUCCAUGAUAUCAAAAUUAAAGUUUUAACCAUGUUUUUAGGCUAUACAGUGGGUGUUUACAUUUACUUUGUUUACAAACAUUGCAGUAAAACAAGUUUGACUCAUAACCCGCAAUCGGGGCGGGCUUGUUUAGGGUCAUGAAAUAUUGUGUGGAUGAAGGGCAGAUGGGUUGAAUAAAUAGAAAAUCCAUGAAUAUAUAAUUCUUGUGAAAUGUAUAUCUAUAGGCUACAUUUAGGUUUUUCUUUCAUUCUUUUUAGGCUAUCUGGAAUUAGUGUGUAAGCCUGUAAGCUUUAGGGCCUAAAGGAAAACGCAUUGUGAUCAAUAUUACAUCUUCUUCUCAGGUUUUAUCUUCAGAGACAGGCUUUAUUGGCUAUAUGCAUUUUCUUCCAAAUCAAGGAGGAAUGUAUCCAGCUACAAAAUAAUUAAGUUGAAGACACUUCACACACCUUCCACUCUGAAAUCAGCUAGCUGCAGCAUGACAGGCAGCGUAAGUGAAUUGUUGAUGUUGAUGAUGGCAUUACAAAAGAAAGGUGAAAUAGUGGCUUUUAACAAGAGAAUAAAAACAGUGGGUGGAGGUGGGAGAAGGAAAGUGUGUGCGAAAGGUAGAGAGAAAGUAGCAGAAAAUGAAAAGGGGGGAGGUAAUAUAAUGUUGCCUACCAAAUUGUCGGAAAUUCUAAGCAGAAACAUAUCUAAAUUAAGCAACAACAAAAAAAUCCUGCACACCCUGUCACAAAAUCAUUCCACCUUCUCUGACUGUAGCCUACAGCGCAUUUUCUAUAUUUGCGAGUUAGGGUCAGGGUGUGGGCCUCAGAUUUUCACUUUAUCACACAGUCAUGUGGUUGCGGAUGGCUUAUUAGCAAUUGCGGGCGGGUGCGGGUGAACAAACAGCGUCAAUAAUCAAUGGGUACAUAUUAAUUUAUAGGUCCAAAAAUGGAUGUAGCAACUAAGGAUUGCCCCUUUAAUAAAUCCUGUUAUACUCUGAGUGAUUGUUUUGGGCCCUGUAUAGGGCCCGGGGACAAUUUGGGAAAGGCCCUUUCCUGUUUGCAAAUGUAUUUGGAUUUAUUAGUAUUCAGACCCUUUACUCAGUACUUUGUUGAAGCACCUUUGGCAGCGAUUACAGCCUUGAGUCUUCUUGGGUAUGACGCUACAAGCUUGGCACACCUGUAUUUUGGGAAUUUCUCCCAUUCUUCUCUGCAGCUCCUCUCAAGCUCUGUCAGGUUGGAUGGGAAGCGUCUCUGCACAGCUAUUUUCAGGUCUCUCCAGAGACUUGUCCCGAAGCCACUCCUGCAUUGUCUUGGCUGUGUGCUUAGGUUCGUGGUCCUGUUGGAAGGUGAGCCUUCGCCCCAGUCUGAGGUCCUGAGUGCUCUGGAGUAGGUUUUCAUCAAGGAUCUCUCUGUACUUUGCUCCGUUCAUCUUUCCCUCGAUCGUCUCCCAGUCCCUGAUGCUGAAAAACAUCCCCACAGCAUGAUGCUGCCACCACCAUACUUCGCCGUAGGGAUGGUGCCAGGUUUCCUCCAGAUAUGACACUUGGCAUUCAGGCCAAAGGGUUCAAUUUUGGUUUCAUCAGACCAGAGAAUAUUGUUUCUCAUGGUCUGAGUCCUUUAGGUGCCUUUUAAAGUGGCUUCGAUCUGGCCACUCUACCAUAAAGGCCUGAUUGGUGGAGUGCUGCAGAGAUGGUUGUCCUUCUGGAAGGUUCUCCCAUCUCCACAGAGGAACUCUGGAGCUCUGUCAGAGUGACCAUCGGGUUCUUGGUCACCUCCCUGACUAAGGCCCUUCUCCCCCGAUUGCUCAGUUUGGCCGGGCGGCCAGCUCUAGGAAGAGUCUUGGUGGUUCCAAACUUCUUCCAUUUAAGAAUGAUGGAGGCCACUGUGUUCUUGGGGACCUUCAAUGCUGCAGACAUUUUUGGUACCCUUCCCCAGAUCUGUGCCUCGACACAAUCCUGUCUUGGAGCUCUGAAUCAAAUAAAAUAAAAUAAAAUUGCAUUUGCCACAUGCGCCGAAUACAACAGGUGUAGACCUUACAGUGAAAUGCUUACUUACAAGCCCUUAACCAACAAUGCAGUUUUUAAAGAAAAUAAAAGUGUUAAGUAAAAAAUAGAUAUAAAGAGCAGCAGUAAAAUGAAUUAACAGUAGCGAGGCUAUAUACAGGGGGUACCAGUACAGAGUCAAUGUGCGGGGGCACUGGUUAGUCGAGGUAAUUGAGGUAAAAUGUACAUGUGGGUAGAGUUAAUGUGACUAUGCAUAAAUAAUAAACAGAGUAGCAGAAGCGUAAAGAGGGGGUUGGGGUGGGGUGGGGUGGGCAAUGCAAAUAGUCCAGGUAGCCAGGGAUGGUCAUAAUUCCUCCAGGGUGUACUCCUCUUUAUCUAACCGUGCCAGAAACAGAGGAACUAUGCUGUUGGAAAUGCUGUGAAAUUACAUCACUAUUGUUGCCUGUACAGGUGUACAGAUCCUUUCUGUGUCCACAAAAUAUUCUCUAUCAUUCCUACCCCGGUGUAAUCAAACAUUAAUCGGGUUUAUCUUCAUUGUGUACACACAGACCAUCUGAAACAGGCAUACAGACAGACUCUGGACUUUGUUCAAAUUAUGUUCCUUCUCACUGGGCAGAAACUGGUUGAACCAACUUUGUUUCCGUAUCAUUUCAACAACAAAAUGAUAUGUGAUGACAUUGAAUCAAUGUGGAAAACUGAUUGGAUUUGCAAAAAGUCAUCAAUGUUAGGGAAUUGUGUAUUUUUUUUCACCAAACUUUUAACCUAAAUCCAAUGGUGAUUUUUGGGGGGGAUUUCACCUUGCAUUCACGUUAGUUGACAACUCAACCAAGUGUAAAUCAAAAAUAGACGUUGAACUGUGGGUUAUGCUUCAUUGUCAACAUUUAAUCUUGAGACACAUUGACCCUCCACCACAACUGAAUUUUGUUGUGUUAUUGACUGAAAAUCUAUAGAACUAGCUGCCUCUGACUUUUGACAAAAAUACAGUUUUAAAAAUGUUAACAGUAUUGAAGAUUGGCCCGGUUGUAUAGUUAGGCUUUCGGUGCUGUUCUUAUAUUUAUUGAAGGACGCAAAAACACUCUUGGAGAAUCACAAGAGAGCCAUCUACAUUUACAGUACAAGCUCCAUUCCAUGUGUUGUAUGACCUCAACUGGACAUCUACCUCGUCUCCAACAUGUACAUGUCUGCAAUGGAAAUGAGUGGCACCCAAUUCCCUACAUAGUGCACUACUUUUGACCAGGGGCCAUAGGGAAGAGGGUGCCAUUUUGAAUACACCCCAUGUCCUAGCUAGACCCUACACCUCCUCUCUACCAGUGUUUACUAAUCAUAGUGGUCUCCUUUUCCUUUCUCCAGUGCAGCCUGCUGUGUGGCAUUAAGCACUAGUAAAGAUGUCAGUAAAUACUGCAAAGUGUCCAGAAAGCUCUCAGGCAAGACUGGCGUUGGGACCUAA